AGCUAAAGAGCGACCAUUUUGUGUGAUCAGAACUGUGUUGCUGCGAUAAAGACGAGGGAAGGAGAGAACGGGAGUCACUCUCCUUGAAAACAUCCACUACGAAAGAAUGGGGGGAGGCGAACCAGCAGUCGUAGAACACAGGUUUUCUUUUUAGUUCAACGAACUCCGUAUUUGUCGCGGUCGUGUAAUCGCUAACUGCGUCGUGAGACGUCUUCAUCGCGCCAUGCUCACCAGCAGUCAGCAGCCUGACAGGGAGGGCAGCUUGACAGACGCGACGAGCAUCGAUGAGAUGGGCGGCUGGGCCACGGUGGCGGAGGCGCUGUUAAUGGACUGCGCGCGUGUCACUCUUCUCGAUGUGGCAGAGCCUUCCGCACGGCAGGCCAUCGCAGCGGAGUGCACAGAGUCUCUUUCACAGUUGGUGCAGCGGCACUUGGCGAUGGCCGCCGCAACGCACCGACGCGAGGUGGCAGCGGAGGAAAGACAGAGUGAGGAACUCACCCAUCAGCUGCACACGGUGGUGCAGGAGUGCGAGUCGAUGGGCGAGCAGCUCGUGAUAGAGCGCACGACGCGAGCGGCAACGGAGGAGGAACUGCAGGCGGUGCAAGACGAACGCGAGGCCUUACAUGCGGAGCGGGCGGCUGUAUGGCAUCUCGUGCGCGAUGCGGUCAUGUCAGCGAGUCAUCGCCGCAACCUUGUGAGCCCGGCGAACGCCACGCUGGAAGACCACGUACGGUACCUGUGCCGUUGGGUGAGGGAGACGGCGGAGACGGUGCAAGGGAACGCGACGUCGGCGGUGACGACGGUCGCCCCCGCCGUGCAGCGCGACGAGCCGCCGGCCUCCAUUUUUCAGUCGCCGCGCGCGUCGUACCACCGCCUUUUGCCCUCUGCCCCCCUCAACCCGGUGACGGCGUCGCUGCUCCGUGUCAAGGAACAAGUUCAGCAGCUGCGAGGCCCCUCCGUGGCUCAGUUACAGCAGGCCGUCGGCGCCCACCGGCCUCUCAGAGAAGAAGCCGUGGCCACCACGCCUCCUACACAAAGGCGGCCGGCAACAGCAGCCGCAGCGGCGAUAGCGGCGACAACGACGCAGCUGUCUGCCGAUCGAGCGCUCGCUUUAUCCCGCUCCUACACGCCCCGUCGCAGCACGGCCACUGUACUGCGUCACGGUUCAGCGGACAACAACGGUGGCAGCAAUGUCAACGACGGGGUCUCCUCGCCGCCGUGGCGUACGCACAUGGCGAAGUUGCAGCAGGAAUUGAAGGGCCUCCGCCGCGACCUGCACACCGCGACGCCACGCAGCUAA